AUGUCGACGUACGAUGUGGAGGAAACAAACGAUUUACACGAUUGUUAAAUUUAUUUUUCUCUUGCAUAUUGUGUAUUAUUUGGACAGAAGUGUAAUUGCAUCUACAGUUGAUUACGUCGAUUAUAUCUUGUGCAGAAAUUGUGGACAUGAGGUCGUGCACCCAUCUCAUUUAAUUCAGAUACCUAGCAAGUUAGCGCACAGACAGAGAAACGACACAAUUGGGGGCCAGAAUGGAACUCUCAUACAGUUGUUCAAAAACCCAGAUGGUGUAUAUUUUGAAGUAAUCACAACUGUUAAAGCAAAUGUUACAGAAACUUCUCAGUCUUCAGACCUGAUGACCUGGUUUCCGGGAUACUUAUGGACAAUUUGUGUCUGCCCUAUGUGCUUCAAACAUUUAGGAUGGAAAUAUGAAACAACUACAGAAAACAGACCUCGGUCAUUUUUUGGAAUCAUUUUGGCCAAUGUUUUACAACAAUCAGAAGCAGAAUCAAUCAUACAUAUACCAAAGGCCUAUGCAAGCUGACAGAAAACCAUCACUGCAAUUUUUGUCUCAUUUUGAAUUUGACUUUUGUUGCAAGUUAUUGCUAUAAAUAUUAUAAUGUUCAA